GCGCAGCUGUGGUGGGGGAGGGGCCCGCAUGAGACGAGGAGGGAAAGGGGAGUGAGGGAGUUCUCGCGAGGCUGUGCAUUUCCCGUGGGAGAUGGCCGGCAGCAGGAUGGCGGCGCGGCGCUGGGCUUGCUGGGUUUCCCAAUGAGUGGAUCAUGAUGAACAUACUUUAGGGACUUGCCAUAGCAUGGCUGCUUCUCGAUCUACUCGUGUUACAAGAUCAACAGUGGGGUUAAAUGGUUUGGAUGAAAACUUUUGUGGUCGAACCUUAAGAAACCGUAGUAUUGCUCAUCCAGAAGAAUUAUCUCCUCAUUCUCAAGUACGAUCAAGAUCACCAAAGAAGAGACCAGAGUCUGUGCAAACUCAGAAGGGAAGUAACAGUGGAAAAACUACUGAUUUGAAACAGCAAAGUGCUCGGGAGUCAUGGGUGAGCCCAAGAAAGAGAGGACUGUCUACUUCUGAAAAAGAUAACGCUGAGAAACAAAUUGUGGAAAAUUGUGAGAAAAGACAAGCAGAACCUGUAUCGCCAGUUUUAAAACGAAUUAAACGUUGCCUACGUUCAGAGGUACCAAGCAGCUCAGAAGAGGAAUUGCCUACUAAAACAGAAAAGGACUCAUUGGAGUGUAAGAGUUCAAUAUCGGACAAUGAUGCAGACUCUGCAGGGACUAAACGAGCCUGUCGAUGUCUUAUAUUGGAUGAUUGUGACAAAAGGGAAGUUAAAAAGGUGAAUGCUUGUGCAGAAGGGUUUAAUAAUUCUGCAAUAGUUGAAGAGCUCACAGACCAUCAGGCUGUCAAUGGGGUUGAUGAGAGAGAAUCAGAUGCUCUAAAUUGUGAUGACUGUCAGCCUGAUGGGAACACUAAACAGAACAGUGCUGAUUCCUGUAUGCCCAAGGAAAAAACGGUAGCAGAAAAUGGGAAUUCAUUUCCCCAUUCUUCAUUGUUGCUUAAUAGCAGCAAGGAGGACAGUGUUAUAGACCAUUAUGUGCCUUGCACAAAUUCACCAGAACAGGUAAAGUUAGAGGACCACAAAAUAAAUGACUGCUUGCCUGCGGAAAUGACCGUUCAGGCAAAUGAGCCAGCUACGGGGUCCUUUUCUGAAACCCAGUCAUCUUUCUUAAGGGAUUCUGAGGAGGAAGUAGAUGUGGUGGGAGAUAGCAGUGCCUCAAAAGAACAGUGUGCUGAAAACACCAAUAACAACCUGAACACCGGUCAUGAUAGUACAUCAAUCUCAGGUGAACCUGAACCACCAUCUUCUGUGCUGGAAUGUGUUUCAGCUCAAAUUACUUCUAUGUCGGAUCUUCAAGAACACAGAUACACAUUGAGAACUUCACCACGAAGGGCCCUUGCUAAAGGUAGCCCUACAAAAAAUAACUCUCCUUGUAGAGAAAAUGGGCAGGUUGAGGAAAACAAUCUUAGUCUCACUGAAAAGAAUGUAUCUGCAAGUACUAAUAUCAUCAGUGGAUCUCCCAUAAACUCUAAAGAAAUGAUGCAGAAUGAAAAAGUGAGAGGUUGUGACUCUGGAGAUUAUGUGAGUGAUGGACUAAGUAAGCCACCCUCUGAGGCUCGACUAAUUGCUGGAUAUAUAUCAUCUGCCAAAGAGAGUGCCAACCUGCACACUGCAGAAGAUGAUGAGGAAGAACCUGAUGUAUAUUACUUUGAAUCAGAUCAUGUGGCAUUGAAACACAACAAAGAUUUACCUUGCUAUAUGAUACAGCAACAGAAAUGGCUACUUUGCUAUGGUAUUGGAAGUGCCAGUGGAGCACCAGGGAUUUUACUUACCUCCAUUGAGAAAGAUCAGGGAAGUUAUCAGAGACUGUUACAGACGAUUGCUGUACUCGAGGCUCAACGUACUCAAGCAGUUCAAGACCUUGAAAGUUUAGGCAGACACCAGAGAGAAGCACUGAGAAAUCCCAUUGGAUUUGUGGAGAGACUCCAAAAGAAGGUUGAUAUAGGACUUCCAUAUCCUCAAAGAGUUGUCCAGCUGCCUGAGAUUGCCUGGGACCAAUAUACCACCAGCCUUGGGAACUUUGAAAGAGAAUUCAAAAACCGGAAACGUAACAGUAGGAGAGCAAAGCUGAUUUUUGAUAAAGGCUUGCCUGCAAGACCAAAAAGUCCUUUGGAUCCCAAGAAGGAUGGAGAGUCCAUUUCAUACUCUGUAUUGCCUUUAAGUGAUGGUCCAGAAGGUUCUACAAACAGUCGUCCACAGCAGAUGAUAAGAGGGCGACUUUGCGAUGAGACCAAACCCGAAACUUUUAACCAGCUGUGGACUGUAGAAGAACAGAAAAAACUUGAACAGUUACUUCUGAAGUACCCACCAGAGGAAGUAGAAUCCCGACGGUGGCAAAAGAUAGCUGAUGAACUGGGAAAUCGUACUGCAAAACAGGUUGCCAGCAGGGUGCAAAAGUAUUUUAUAAAACUGACUAAAGCUGGCAUUCCAGUACCAGGCAGAACUCCAAACUUGUAUUUAUAUUCCAAAAAGUCAUCAAGCCGGCGACAGCAUCCUCUUAAUAAACAUCUCUUCAAACCUUCAACUUUCAUGACAUCCCAUGAACCUCCAGUUUAUAUGGAUGAGGAUGAUGACAGAUCGAGUUUUCAGAGCCAUAUGGAUGCUGCAGCAGAGGAGGAAGUGUCGGAUGAGGAAAGUAUCCCAAUAGCUUAUCGAGAGUUACCUGAAUACAAAGAACUGCUAGAGUUAAAAAAGUUGAAGAAGCAAAAGCUCCAGCAGAUGCAUGCGGAAAGUGGAUUUGUGCAGCAUGUGGGCUUCAAGUGCGAUAACUGCGGAAUUGAACCCAUUCAAGGCAUUCGAUGGCACUGCCAGGAUUGCCCUCAAGAAAUGUCCUUGGAUUUCUGUGACUCUUGUUCUGACUGUCUACAUGAAACAGAGAUUCACAAGGAAGAUCACCAGUUAGAGCCUAUUUACAGAGCAGAGACAUUUUUAGAUAGAGACUACUGCAUGUCCCAAGGCACCAGUUACAAUUAUCUUGACCCAAACUACUUUCCAGCAAACAGAUGACAUGGGAAACAGACUACAACCUUGGGCUUAUUAUCCUCUUUGAAAAGUAACAAUGGCAUCAUUGUUAAUUCCGUGCACACUUUGGAAAGACUCUGCUUUCCCUGAAAUGUCACUCACAGCAUGACAGCUUCCUGGGUGUACUUGUCAAACUAAAGCUCCAAACUGUCACGGUUCUUGAUCAGCUGAACAGCAGCUGAACAUUCCUAGUGUGCAGAAGGUUUCACUGGGAGACUUUCCUUUCGCCACAUUAGUCAUUUUUAGAUGGUGAAUCCAAAACAAAAACAAAAAAAAGAAAGGAAAAAAAUACAGAAGGGUGAGCCAGAAAUGAGAGCAUGCAUAUAAUGAUACAAUAAAUUCCAAAGGCUUUGAAGAACUUGGUUAUGAGAUCCAGAGAAGAUGAAGUAUUUAUAUAAAAACAGUUUAGUAGCUUGCAGUUUUGUUGUGAAAUAGUUUUCAGCACAGAAACUGACUUCUUUAGUUAAGGUUUUAACCAAUGACAGUGUUUGCUUCUAGGAUAUACUCUAAAAAAUACUCACUGUUCCGGUGAUGGUUGGUUACAGGCCUUUAUUAAAUUGGAGCUGCUUAAUCUCAUUGACUUCUAAUUUUUUUUUAAAACCACAAUGAACUCUAUUACCAACAGUGAAGCACUACAGGAAGCAACUGUUGCAUUGCUUCCUUAACCAGCUCAUGGUGUGUGAAUGUUAUAAAAUUGUCACUCAGAUAUAUUUUUUAAAUGUAAUGUUAUAUAAUAUGAUCAUGUGAUGUGUACAAAAUAUGGUGAAAAGUGCCAGUGGUAGUAACUGUGUAAAGUCUCUAAUACUCAACAUUAACUCCUUUAAAAUAAAGUACACAGCCUUCUGCCUCUGUAUUUGGAGUUGUUAGUGCAACUCAUCAAAGAAAACUGCCUAAUAUAAAUCAUAUAUAUGGUAAUAAUUUUCCUCUUUUGUAGUCUGCACAAGAUCCAUGAAAGAUUGUAUUUUUAUUACUAUUUAAACAAGUGAUUAAAUUUAGCCUGAGCAGUGAGCAAAGGUUCACGUGCAUUCUUUUAUACUGCUGGAUUUUGUUGUGCAUCAUUUAAAACAUUUUGUAUGUUUCUUCUUAUCUGUGUAUACAGUAUGUUCUUAAAUAAUGUUCAAUUGUCAGGAAUACUGUGAGAAAUAAACUAUGUGGAUACACUCUGUUUAUAUAUA